AAAAUUGAAGAUUAAUCGAUUGAUUUUCUUCUUUAUUAAAAAAAAUAAAUAAAUUCACAUUAGAAUCUAGCUUUUAAAGUCUUGAAGAUGUUACAAUUGUUUAUACAAUCUUCAUGUUACGUGUGUACUCAUACUGCUUUAUUAUCGCCUAUUACUCUGUUUUAAACCAUUUCUCUAUUAAAGUCAUAAAACGAAUUCUUAUUAAAAAGUAUUAUGAAAUGAAAUUUUUGGUAUUUUACGAAUUUAUACCUUAUCUAGAAAGAUGGUCUUCAUGUGGUUUACGUUUGAUGAAAACAUUUAAUUGAUUGCGCUGGGAAUGCCAAGUGGUUUGAUAAAAAGUUUUUUUUUUGAGAAUUUGAAUCCGAAACUUAUUCUUUUGUGUUAAUGCGAAAUUAUUUUUAUUCAAUAUUGAAGAAAAUUCUAAAUUUCUUAAUGCCUAAAAUUAAAUUUAAGAAGCUUAUUAAUUUCUAAAACACGCUUGCCGAACAAUUGUCCGGAAAUGUUCUUCGUGUGCCCCCUUUGUGGGCGUCAAUUUAGCAAAUUAGCUGAAUUCUCAAGACUCUCCGUCACUUGUACUUUAAGAAUCUUCUUCUAGAAUCAGUCUGAGAUGCGAUGGAGCUCAAGAAGUUGGGAUUUUUUUUCGCGGUUGUGAUUCACUCUUUAUGGAGAGUUGAGGCUGCUCCAGCUUGUAUGAUCUAUCUGACUUUGACGCCUCUGGCGCGAAGUACUGAGGAGAGGUAUCUCGAGAUAAAUUGGGGUAGUGAAUGUGGUGAAAAAAUGUGGAUAGGAAUAUUCCAAAAGGAUCCUUCACUUUUCAAUGAACAACCUAUUUAUUAUAUGGAUACUCACAAUCGACCAUCUGGAUAUGAAAUGACUGGGAUUCAGUUGGGUCAUGUGGAUUUACCAGAAGAAUGGCAAGAUUCUUCAGGGAACAAGAAAAACUUCCGAACACAGUGUCUUCCGUAUUUUGUGGCGGGAUUUUCAGGAGAUGAUUUAGUAGCUUUGGAUUGUCUGAAAAUUCAACCACAGUGGCAGACUCAAAUGAAAGAUCUCAUUGGAAAUACUCCUCUGAAAGAACUCUUCAUCCCUGGGACUCAUUGUUCAGCUUGUUAUGUCAAUGAGACUCAGUUCAGGGCACCUCUUCUCAGCCAAAUUGUCUUUACCCAAGAUUUUAAUGUCUGGACCCAAUUGGUGUUUGGUGUAAGAUACUUGGACGUUAGUGUUGGAUACCAUCAACGUGAUGGAUUGAAUGAAAGAUUUUGGAUAGUUGCGGACAAUGUAUUGGUGUCUCCUAUUGAGAAACUCCUCCAGGAUGUUCAGAAAUUUGUUCAGACGACAGGAGAGGUGGUGAUUCUGGACUUUGGUGCCUUUCCUCUAGGAUUUGGAAUACAUAGUGAACGGCAUGAAGAAUUUAGGGAAUUUUUGAAGAGAGAACUAAAGGAUGUGGCUUUUCCUCGUCAAAAAGACUCCCGAGAAUCUUUUGACUUCACAAUUAAUGAAAUCCAAUCCACAGGAAAAUCUCUAAUUGUAACCUAUGCCGAAGACGUUGCAAAUAGUGAAAUUUUAUGGAAAUCCUGGGAAAAACAUUCCAGUGCUGAUCUUAUGGAUUCAGAAAUCAGGGAAUAUGUGAGAAAUCUCUUUGGCAGAAGAAAUAUGUCUGGUCAGGAAUCAUCAGACAAUGGAUGGAUUUUCUAUGGAGUCCAAUCACUUGAUGCUUAUGUCGGGAGGUAUAUGAAAUUUCUAUCUUCAAGGGAGAGGGCAGCAUCAAUCAAUAGAAAUCUCACAAUCUGGCUCAGUGGACCCUGGAGCCUCAAUGCAAAUGCCGUGGCAGUAGAUUAUAUUCUCUCAUCGUGCCUCCUGGACAUUGCUAUCAAUACAAAUCGUCACAAGGCCUACAAGUCAUCCCAUCUCCUCCACAUAGACUAUUAAAAAUCAAUUGAGACACCUCCCGCAAUAAAUGAAGAUCCUGGUGCAAGCGACACUGACCUUCCCAGACAUUCUCUCCCACGGAAUCCAUCAUGUCUGCCCCUCUUGAAGUUUCAAUAUUCUUGUACAGAUUGUGCGACUCAGAGUGAGUGGAAUUUUGCACGAGACUCUCUUAGAAACAGCCUUGCACUGACGACGACCUCCGGAAUGCUGUUAUUCUAUUUGCAUGUCAAUCCGGCGGCGGCGACAUUCACUCAAUUCACACUGGGUCAUGCAAUUAUACUCAGAAUUCCAGCUCUUCAGAACACACCAAGCUACUCUCUCAGCAAUUUAUCAUACAAUCCACGAUAGCUUUUCCAAACUCUCAGCUUUAUAAUUAAAAGGUCUCACAUGAAAUUUUGCGUAGAUUAUUCAGAAAUUUCGUGCCAUACUAAAAUCAUAGGGAGAAUGGAGAGCAAUAGUCAUCAAGUUGUUUGAAUAAGUACAUCAAGUACACAGAGUUGUUGACCAAUAUAGAUUACAAACAGAUGUUGUUAUUCAAACUAUACAUAACAAAUAGGUAAAAUGGACUGCUGAUAUUGAAUAAGAAUGAACUUUAUGACCAAAACAAAAAUAAAGAGACUUUAAACAAAUUAUUUUCAAUUACUUUUAAAAGCAAAUGCUUAUUUUGAUAUUAUAAUAUUAAAAAUUGUAUGCUGCAUUACUUUUUUAUAUUGUUUAAAAGUUCUUAGAUAAUGUAAACGUAUGUUGUAUAAUUUAUCGUUACAAAAUAAACGAUAUAAAAAGAAA